GAGUUAUAAUAAGAAGGCGAAUCACGGAACCCACGUGUGGUGCUAGGUUGCAUCAUGAAAGCGCAUUCGUAAUCCAGCGAUCCGUGGGAUUGGGCAAAGGGAGUGGAGGUUGGGUUAGGAAAAAAACACGAUUGGUAGAGUUGAGAGUAAAACUUGUUGGCUCAGAUAUUUGUGCAGCCACGUCCUCUCUUGCUAACCUCCCCACUCAACGCGGAGCUGUCCAUUGGCACUUGUGCUGAAACGCGUCUAUUCUCAAUCGCUCACUGCACGACGGAGUGUCGAGAGUAAAACAUUUGGAUGACUGUAUUGGCUUUUUCCAUAUAUUUUUGAGACACUUUGGUAGAUAUCCAUUGAUUUACUCAGCUUUCAUCAAGAGCGCAUCAAAGGUCCACGUUCUGACUCGGUCGGUUAACGGACUCUAAAGAGGCAGAAAGAUGGCUUUUAUGGUGAAACAAAUGGUGGGAGGGCAUGUGAAGAACCUGACCGGGGGUUUGACUGAGGAAAAGCCCGAAGGAGAGAAAUCGGAAGCCGCAGCGGCAGGAAUGACCCAGGAGGAAUUUGAACAAUAUCAACAACAGUUAGAGGAGGAAAAGCAGGAACGAGAUGCUAGUUUUGCCCAGAAGAAAGCUGAGCGGGCAACAGUUAGAAGUCACUUCCGGGACAAAUACAGACUGCCAAAGAAUGAGCUGGAUGACACUCAGAUCCAGCAGGCGGGGGAUGACGUGGAGCUGCCCACAGAGCUAGCCAAGAUGAUCGCUGACGACAACAAGGAGGAGGAAUCCAAAACGUCUGUCCUGGGCCAUCUGACCAACAUCCAGAAUGUGGACAUGGACCAGCUGAAGGACAAGGCCCAGGCCACACUGGAAGACCUCAAACAGUCCGCUGAGAAGUGCAAUCUCAUGUGAUCUGGCUGGCUGACUGAAUUCCUGCUCUCUCUCCCUCCCUCCCUUACUCUCUUUAUCUGUACAACAAAGGAUCUAUGUAAGAUAUCAUGUGAUCUAUGAUCAUGUACAAACGUUGAUAGUCAUGUUGCUUUGAAUACACACACACAUACAGUCAGCACUGCCUCACACACACAAACAUACUGCAGCAGCUUCUGGCCAAGGAAUCAGAGUAAACACUGUCUAAGCUGUGGGGGAAUCAGAGUAAACACUGUCUAAGCUGUGGGGGAAUCAGAGUAAACACUGUCUAAGCUGUGGUGGAAUCAGAGUAAACACUGUCUAAGCUGUGGGGGAAUCAGAGUAAACACUGUCUAAGCUGUGGGGGAAUCAGAGUAAACACUGUCUAAGCUGUGGGGGAAACAGAG